CAUUUUAAAUGCAUCCCCGACAGAAUUUAAACCGGUCAAACUUGCAAAAUUUACACUUAAAUAUAAAUACCUACCUAUCUUAAAAAAAAUUAUACAAAUAAAAUAGAAAAACAUUUUGAGAAAGAGAAUAAUAAAAUAAAUUUAAAUACAAAAAUAUUUUUAGUUAUUCCCGCUCUCCUAUAUACAUACUUCUGUUUCUGUCGUUUCGAGUUCGGAUCCAGAUGCAUUCGCCGCGCCGCGAAUACGAAUUUAUGUGUAGAAACCACAAAAGAGAAGAGCUCUGAGCUGUCUAGCUCGGGAAUGGAUUUUUAAUCUAUCUUUUUUUCUUUGUUACUCAGUUCUUGUGACCGACGCGACGUUGUCGUUGUCGUUGUCGACGAAACCGCAUUGGCUUAUGCUGCAAAGUUUGUAUAGAAUACAGAUGGAUUUGUUAUUUCUCAGAUAUAUAUUUGCUUGUUGUUGCAAAAUUUACAUCUCUCUCUCAAUACUAAGCUUUAGAUGAUUAUGGGGCAAAGACUGGCUCUCUCUCGCCUACUCCGUGUCUGUUUUCUUUUCUCGUUUAAAUUCAAAGAAUAAAUCCGACUUUUUUCCCUUGGUUAUUAUCGGUCGCGUUCAGUGGGGCGCACGAGGAGCAGACAGAAUUCCCAGUUUUUUGUGAGUGCAUUUUGAUAGUCCGGUUGUCUAUCAUGAAUAAAACAAAAAAAUAAUCAUAAAUAUUAUUAAAAAAAUAACCAUCGCAAGGAAGACAGCACAAAAUAAUCACAUUUCCCUUGUUGUGUGUUUAAAAUCAAUUGCGUGCGUUUUGCGUAUUUAUCUUGCAUGAGUAUGCGUUCUGCUGCAUUAAAGCAAAUCUGCGUCCCACUUUGGAAAAAUUUCAGUUUUCAACAAACUACAAAAUUAAAAGAAUCUUAAAAAACCUAUGAAAGUAGUGUUGUGCGUUAGAAACAAAUGUAUUCGGUUUUGUUUGAAGAAAAAAACUUUUCGACUGCUUAAGGUACCUACAUCUACCACUUUUGUUAUAAUUGUAGUAGGUGCAGUGCAGUGCACUUCUGACAAAUUAUAGUUUAAACAAAAAUAAAAUUAUUCAUUAAUUAUUUCUUUUCUCUUAAAAACAAAAAUAGUAAAUGAGUACGGUGCUAUAAUGUAAAAACUUUUUUUUUAUUAUGACACAGGUCAGUGUCGUGCAGUGGAGCAUAUACCUACCUAUAUGCAUACUUGUUAUUCCCCUUAUCACUACCACAAUCACAUAAAUCUUUUCUCUUCCAGUCAUUUUGAUAAUGUUAAGUGCAUUUAGGACUGCAAGUGAAAAAGUAAAAAAAAAGAAAACUGACGAUCGCAAGCGAGAGUAAAGUAAAAUAGCAUAUCACUAGUCAGAAAACAGAAACAGAAUUCCAUUCCAAGCUCCACUCCAAUCCAACACAAGAAAAAUAAAGUGUACUUGCAUAGUUGAAGAUAUAAUAGAGGUAUAUACCUGUACAUAACAAACACACUAACACAAUCCCAGCUAGAAAAAUAUAUAAGCUCGGUUCAAUUUAAAUGUGUUUGUGGAUGCAGUGUAGUGUGAUGUUCAGUGAAAAGCUUGAAACAGCAGGCUGUUCUUGAAAUACAUAAUGUGAUGGUUUAAAGUGUAUUAGGAGUGAAGAAGAAAAUAAAAUCAAAAGAUUUCUAUCCUUUCUAUUGGCUUUACAGUAAGUCAAUAUUCAAAAUAAAUACGAUUUAAAUGAAUCUGUCAUCCAUGAUGUACCGACUUAAUGUCCAGCAUCCGCCACAAUCACAGCAGCAGCAACAAAUUCAAACCCAUCAUCCACAUUCAUCGCAACAGCUCUCAUCUGCCAAUAACCAACAUCUGAUAAUACACCAGACCGGUGGAGGUCAUCACCUGCUUAGUGGUGACAGUGGAGAUGGUGGUGAUUGUGGCAAUAGUGUAUUGAAUGAAAACAUUGGACUAAAUGUAAACAGUGACGAUUUGAAAAUUUUAACUGCCAUCAAAUCGGAACCAUUGCAUGAUUUGGUUUUGCCAACUGUUUCCACUGGAGCUCCCGGAAUAAGUGUCGUCAGUAUUGUAGGAGGCAGUGGGGGAACAGUAGGCGUAAGUGGAAACGGCAACGUGGUUUUGAGUGCAAGUGGCCCCCUUAAUAACAGUUCAGUGAGCAGCGCAGCCUCAGCUUCAACAAGUGUAAAUUCAACAAACGGCCAUCUGGUGUUUGUGCCGACUAAAAGGGUGCGAAUAGAAGGACCCGAAGAUUGGAUAUCAUCCCCUAGUCCGAGUAGCGUACCCGGUUCGGCGCCCCCUCUGAGCCCUUCGCCCGGCUCUCAAAAUCAUAGUUAUAACACGAAUAUGUCAAAUGGAUAUGCAUCACCAAUGUCUACUGGAAGUUACGAUCCAUAUAGCCCAAAUGGAAAAAUGGGUCGAGAUGAUCUGUCACCAUCGAGUAGUCUCAAUGGCUAUACUACAAACGACGGCUGUGAUGCGAAAAAAGGAAAGAAAGGGCCAGCGCCACGGUUGCAAGAAGAACUGUGCCUGGUGUGUGGAGAUAGAGCAUCAGGAUAUCAUUACAACGCUCUUACAUGUGAGGGAUGUAAAGGAUUUUUUCGACGUAGUGUUACCAAAAAUGCGGUCUAUUGUUGUAAGUUCGGCCAUGCCUGCGAAAUGGACAUGUAUAUGCGACGUAAAUGUCAAGAGUGUAGACUGAAAAAAUGCCUUGCGGUAGGCAUGCGGCCAGAAUGUGUAGUUCCAGAAAAUCAAUGUGCUUUAAAGAGGCGUGAGAAGAAGGCACAGAAAGAAAAGGAUAAACAACAAGUAUCACCGGCAGUCAGUACAACAGAUGUUAUUAAAAAAGAAGUUCUCGAGUUGAUGCAGUGUGAGGCGCCUUCGCAUGCGACAUGUCCACUACUGCCUGACAGCCUAUUAGCUGAAAAUCAAGCAAAAAAUAUACCUCAAUUAACAUUAAAUCAAUUAGCAGUCAUAUACAAACUAAUUUGGUACCAGGAUGGUUAUGAACAACCUUCCGAAGAAGAUCUCAAACGGAUAAUGAUAAGUUCACCGGAUGAGAAUGAGAGCCAACACGAUGUGAGCUUCAGACACAUCACCGAAAUUACAAUCCUUACAGUACAAUUAAUAGUCGAAUUCGCCAAGGGACUGCCGGCUUUUACCAAAAUUCCACAAGAGGACCAAAUAACACUGUUAAAGGCAUGUUCAAGUGAAGUAAUGAUGUUGCGAAUGGCACGACGCUAUGAUGCUGCAUCAAAUUCAAUUUUCUUCGCCAAUAAUCGUUCAUAUACCCGUGAUUCAUAUAAAAUGGCCGGUAUGGCUGAUAAUAUUGAAGAUUUAUUGCAUUUCUGUCGGCAAAUGUACUCGAUGACAGUCGAUAAUGUCGAGUAUGCCCUACUCACUGCCAUUGUGAUCUUUUCCGAUCGUCCCGGUCUCGAAGAAGCCGAACUAGUCGAGCAGAUACAAAGUUACUACAUCGAUACGUUACGAAUCUAUAUCCUAAAUCGGCAUAGAGGCGAUCCAAAGUGCUUGGUUUUUUUUGCCAAACUUCUCUCCAUUCUCACUGAAUUGCGAACUCUUGGUAAUCAAAAUGCCGAAAUGUGUUUCUCCUUGAAGCUGAAAAAUCGAAAGCUUCCAAAAUUCCUCGAAGAAAUCUGGGACGUGAAUACGAUACCACCGUCCGUUCAGUCUCACAUACAAGCCACACAAGCAAUGCAAGCUGCACAAGCAGCAAACGGAGGCAGUGGUGUGGAUGGCAGUAGUAGUACAAGUGGUGAUGACCUUAUGAUGGACGUGACUAGUCUGGGAAGUGGUCUAGGUGCAGUCAAUGACGUUGUUAGUGGCGUAGGAAUCGGUGGUAUUGGUGAACACAGUACCGUUGCAUAGCAGGAUUAGUUGUAAUAAAUUAAGUUAACCUUGGGAUCGUCCAUUUCACCUACUUCAACCCUCGAAAUGCAUGCGUACUACUCAUAUAGAAAAACACAUUUAAAAAUUAUUUAAAACAAAUUCCUCCAUUUAAUUUCGCAGGGCUUGUAUACGAUCAAAGUGAAAUAUGUUUGUAUACACAGUUUUUUUUUUAAAUAAUUAUACUAUAUUAUGUUUUUCUUGUAACCUUAGCUUUAGCAAAAAAAAAACAAUACAUACACACACUUUAAAUUUGUUGUAGUUUUAUUUUGUUGUUAAGUUUUCUAUUCAGAUCACAUUUUAUACUGACACAUACCAUAUACAAGAACAUUUUUUACUUAAUAGUUUAUGCAACACAGUGACACAUAGUUAAAAAUUAUUGUCUAUUUUUUUUCUCAAUGUUUUUUUAUAUACUCUGGAAUUGUAAAUAUAAAAUAAUUUUAAGGAAUGGCAUUAACAAAAUUUUUAAUACUUGAAACACAUGCAGUUUUGUAUAAUUUUGUGGAUAAGAUAAUGAAAGAGUGAGAGAUGUCAGAAUGAAUAUGUUUAUUAUAAUACAACAUUGUAAUUUUAAAAUAUAUUAUACAAAAAAAAAUGAAAAGAGUGUGAGUUAAUUUGAGUGAAAGCUAAAAAGAAAGAAAAAUUAGAUUAAUAUUCAGUAAUAAUUAAGAGAAUGAGAGAAAAGAUUGUUUUUUAAAUAAAUAAAAUGUAAAUUAUAUAUCUAUAUAAAAAAUUUAAUAAAACUGCAUUAUUAUCAACGUUAUACAAUAAUUAAAAAUAUAAAUCAGUUUGUAAAAAAUAAAUAAUAUAGAAAAAUAAGAUGCAAGUGGAAAUAAAUAAAAUAUAGUUAUUAUCAGUAUAUUCUGCAAAAACAAAAAAAAAACUUUGAUUUAAAUUUUACUAAAGAACAAAAGAAAAACAAAAUCGAAGGAAAGAUUUUCGUUGUUAGUUUUAAUUGAUAUAUUUUAUAAACAGGAGACCUUAAAGUUAUUUAUUUCUUACUCUUACUUUUAUGCACUAAAGACGUGUUUACGCAAGUAAAACAAGCAAAACAGAGCUGCUGACUUAUUAUAAAAAGUUCAAUUUUACUUUCUCACUACCUGAUAUUUGUAUGUUUCGUAAAAAAGGCCAGUAUAGAUUUAUUGAUUUAAGGAUUCCUCUGUGUCUAGUUGAUAAUGACUGGCAUUGAAUUAAUUUCAAUGGCAGUCUACUUGAUAAUUGAGAAACUCCCUUUUUAAAAGGUUUUUUAAAAACUGGACAUUUUUUGAGAAUUUGUGUUUCUGUUCAGAGCAUUCUUCGAGACAUAGAAUCCGUAUUUAUCAGAAAGAAAAACCUUUUCUUUUUCAUUAUACUCUUGUGGAAGUAAAAGCAAUAAUGAUAUACAUUUCAUUUGUGAAACAAAUAUUCCCUUACCAAUAAUGAAAUAAAUUUUACAAAUUCUAAUAAUAAUCUAAUUUUGUAUUCAUUAGUCAUUCUUUUAAUAUUUUUUUUUUUUUUUCAAAUCUUUAAAAAUCUAAAUUGUUGGGUUGUGUGCAAGUUGAAUACUUCUAAUUUAUAAUAUAAACUUUUUUUUUAAUACUGGCGUCAUUUUUUAAUUGAAAAAAUUGUUUGGAUAUAUAAAAAAGAAAAAAAAUAUUUAUAAAAUUGUUUGUUUUAAUCAAAUAGUUUAAAUUUUCUAUGCAUUGAUAAAGUAUCUGAUUUAUACCUUUUUAGUGAAAUUUUCCUUCUUUUCUUUUACACUUUGUAUAACCUAUUUUAGACAAAAAAUUUUAUUUUUAUUUAUGCAUACAAAAAAAACUUUUCAGCUCAAAGAAUAUUGCAUAAAUGUUAUAUUAUAACCUUCUUUCUCUUAAGAAAACACACCUUAAUCUAAAGACUUUAUUUUUAAUGUGUAAAGUGUUCGCUUAUACACUGUCAUGCAAUUACUUUUAUUAUUCAAAAAUAUUGUUUUUAAAAACAUUAAUUCUUUACUGCUUAGAAUUAAAUUUUUACGAACACAAAAUGGGCCUUAUAUAUUUCAUUUAUACCUUUUUUAAUGUAUACAGUAAACAAGUUAAAUUUAGUUAAUAUGUAGAAAAAAUAUUACAUACACAAAGAAAGAUAAAAUUUAUAAACUACUUUUAAAAAAUAUAUAUAUAAAUUAUACAUAUAAUUUCAAAAAAUUUGAAGAAUUACUUUUAGUAAAAACAUCGUUUCGUUACCGAAGGAACGAG